AUGGCUGCAAGAACCGAGCUCAGGGGUUUUCUGAAACAGAGCCAAAAGACCUCAGAUGCGAGAUAUCCGGACUCCACUGGUCAAACAAAUAGUGAGAUUCCGGCCAGGACGAAACGUUCGAGCCAUAGUCGAAAGGAACGUGUCAAUGAGAGUUCGGAGCAGAAUAGUGACGAGCUUGUGAAAUACAUGUCCAAGUUGCCAGGUUAUCUCCAACGUAUGGAGAGAGGAGAAGAAAGCGCCCAAAGUAAUGUUUUGAAUGUUGGAGUCUUGGACUGGGGACGUCUACAGCAAUGGAAGCAUGGCCGAGCAAAAGACUCUGGUGAAAGAUUAGGAAGAAGUGAGAGAAUGGUGUCUACUUCUACUUCAGGAGCAGUUCCCAAUGACUCUCGUAGGUGUAAGAUUGAUGACCAGGUCCAGACUUUUUCAAAUCUCGGUAAAGCGAAAGCUUCACGGGAUCUUCAACAUUCUGUUCGAUGCACUUUGGAACCUGAGCUGGCUUCUAGGGAUUCUUUAAAUAAGCAGGGAAUAGCUACUUGCAGCUAUAAGUCCUCUGGUAAGAGCAGAAGAUCGCGUUCAGUUUUAUUGUCAGAAAUGGGAAACUCCGGCGCAAAGGGAAACUUAGUGGUCCGGGAUAAGGAGACUCAGAAGAGAGCUACAGAAAGUGGAAAAAACUGCGUUGAGAAGUUAGAUGAAGAGGUGAAGGUCGUUGGAGAUUCAGAAGCUGCUCUUACUUCUGAAAAGCAGGAGAGUCCUCAGGUCAGCAACAUUGUUCUCCUGCGGUCAAGCAAACAGUCCCGAAGCACUCUUUCCGCUGAGCCCCAAAUGUCACCGGAUGAUAACGUGAAAGUAGCUAGGGAGGUUAACCGGUCUCUUGAUCUUUCCGACAGAAUCAACUGUUCUGUAGGAUUGAGAUCUCAAAUUCCUCGUUCAUGUCCACUCUCCUUCGAGCUAGAGAGAGAUUCCGAAGAUAUGAUGUUGCCUCUUGGUGCUGAUCUUUCUGGUAAAAAGGAACGGUUUGGUGGGAGAAGGCAUUCAAAGAUAUUUGAUCAAGAAAUGCCUGAAGAUGAUGAAUCCAGAAAGAACAGUCAACCUUCACCAAGCAAGCGGUUUAGUUUUAGCUUCGGCCGUCUCAGCAGAAGUUUCACCUUCAAAGAGGAAUCAGCUGGGCAACCUUUGAGUUCUUAUGAUGAUAGUACCAUCAAAUCUGAUUCUAUGAGAUUUGAUGGUUCAGUUUGUCCAUCUCAGUCAAGUAACCGGGAGAAGCAGGGGUCUCGAGGUAGCCCUCUAAGAAGGCUUCUUGACCCUUUACUGAAAUCCAAAGGCUCUGAAAAAGUUCUUGCGUCAAAAGCAAGAUCGAGUUCUUCAAAUACAAAGCCAACCAUCGACGUACCACUUCAAGAUGAAAGGAAGCAGGAUACAUCGAGAACCCGAGCUCUUUUUCAGCUAACGAUCAGGAACGGCAUUCCUCUAUUUCAAUUUUUGGUCGAUGAUAAGGACAACAACCACAACAGCAGGAGCAUUCUCGGGGCAACAAUGAAAAACUCGGCUUCAGCGUUCAAAGACGACUCUGUUCAGUACUGCACAUUCUACUCUGUUGAUGAAGUCAAAAAGAAAAAAAGCGGAAGCUGGCUAACGCAUGGACACAAAGCGAAACAACGCGGGAUCGUCUACACUGUAAUAGGUCAAAUGCGGUUAAGCAACUCUAUGAGCUCAGACAUAGCCGAGCAGAAAUCCGAAAACAUUUCUCCUGUGAUCAGAGAAUCAGUUCUCUUUGAUGAAUCAGAGCAAGUAAAAAGGAGGAAAGAGGUUGCUGCUGUAGUGAUCAACAAGAAGAAGGCUGUGGAAGAAAACUGCACUGCCGUCUCUGUGAUAAUUCCAGGCGGCGUUCACAGUUUUCCGGAGAAAGGAGCACCGUCACCGUUGAUUAGCCGGUGGAGAUCCGGAGGGUUAUGCGACUGCGGUGGCUGGGAUGUUGGAUGUAAACUCCAUGUUCUCUCCAACAAAACACUCGUCCAUGAAUUCGACCAAAGCUUCAAACUUUUCGAUCAGGAAGAAAGUGAUCAAGAAGGCUCGGGUCCUGCUUUGGCGAUGACAGAGCUGAAGACAGGGAUCUACAGGGUGGAGUUUGGUUCGUGUCUUUCGCAUCUACAAGCGUUUUUUGUGUGCGUGACGGUCAUAACUUGUGCCUCCGAGGAGGAAACGGUGUCAGUGACCACCGUAAAAUCAUCCUCUCCGUUUGCGCCGCCGCUAUCUCCAGUUGGAAGAGUCUAA